AAAAAAAUGAACUCAUAUGGAAAGACGAUCUCUGGGAUAGGCGAAUUUCGAUAAUGGCUAUUUCUAUUAGGGUCAUGAAGCGUAAUAUGCUGAAACCAUUUCGCCAACCUGUAUUUAUGUGUUCGCUUCUGAUGUUUUUUUUUGCGCCUGCAGAAAGGGCAUCUGAUUUCACAUUGACUCACCAUUUUUAUGCAGGACAUCCCACUACUUUCGCAUUGCUCAUAGGAUACGUCAAAGAUAAUCUAGGGUUGACUGUGAUAGAAAAAAAAAGCUGCAACUUGGAGUUCUUGCAGGAGCCUGUUGCCAUCUUUGGGACAAACCUGUCAAAAUUCAACCCAUCUUUGGAAAUUUUUGUUUCAGUAAGCACCUUGUCAAUGAGUCCGCCCGCAGCUUCCGGGUAGUAUUGAUCCAUCCGUUCGUGAAUGUAUUAUUGCAAACCAUCAAAUUCUGAUCAUAAUCAAACAUUCUUAUACUUCAACAUGAGUUUCAACUGCAAAGAAACAUUUCACGGCCUCGAAUAUCCGUUUAGAAGAUCCUGCUUAUCGAAAUGAAAGGCUCGUUUGGAGAUUUUUCUGUGCAAUUCCGGCAAAUUCUGUAAAGCACAGCAAGUAUUAUGAUUCACAUGAUCGUUAGACUCUUCCGACUGUCUCUGAUUUCCAUUCUGGCCCUCCACCCAUACCCAGUUGCGAAGUUCUUGAAAACCGCAAAUGCUUCCGGGCAUCUUUCUCGGCAGUCUCGUAUCGGAGAUUUCUCAUUCCGUUUAGCUUUUACUUGAUAAGAAAUGGUUGAAAUACUUUGCCGUGGU